ACUAUGAGUUGUUUUCCUCGUACAUAAUAUAAUAGUAAAGGUUUUCAUGAAGUUUCUACUCAAGUUAAAUAGAUAAAGGGAAAGGAAUAUACUUAAUAGGUGAAAAGAAAUUUUAUAAAGUGAACUCUUUCGUAAGUUGGUUAUGUGCAAUGCCGAGAUGCUGUAAUGAAAACAAGGCAGUGAGUUCGGUGAGCACCAGUCAGAAGCACAAUACAGAGGAUAUUUUGUUAACGCAAACUCGUCCUUUUUCAAUUGGGAAUCAGUUGGAAUUAGAUGAAGAUCCGCCGAUUGUUGAGAAAUCACAUAGAAGAGUACGGUGUGAUUUAAGUCCAGUUCCAACUAACACAAGUACUAAUUUGAAUAUAAAACUCUUAAGCAUUAAGGGGGAAAGGAACAGCCGUCAAGAUCAUCAGGUGAGCACUGGGUCUGGGUACAAAGAAAAGGAGAAAGAAGCUAAAAAGAGAGCAGCUAUAGGCAAUACAGUGCGAGGACUCCUCUCAUCUGGCCACAGCAGGCAGGACAGGUAUGAGACAAAUAGGCAACGUUCUUCAGGCGGAAGUGGCCUGUCAAGUUUAUGUCCAAAGCUGGUGGCCAGUGGAGGUGGCAAUAGCCAGGGUGGGAUUAGUUUGGCAGUGGGCCACUUAGCCUCUCAGGAAAGUGGAGGCCCAUGUUCAGUUGUUACUACUCAGAGAAUUCACAAUCACACACAUAAUCAUAAACGCCAAAGAAAAUUGUCUAUUGUUUCGCAAGCUGGUACUAGUGCUCAUAAUUCUGGAGAUCGAAAGACGUCAAGUAUAAGUCGUUCUUCUACAACAAUUUGCAAGAAACAAAUACGAACGCAGAGGACUGAUCAUAGUACAGAUUCAUUGUCUAUAACAACUAACGGAGUCGCAAGUAGUUCACCGUCUUCUAAAAAAAGAGUUUUACCUACGCUACGUAUCUCGGAAAAAUCAUCUUCUCGGAAUCUCAAUUCGCCUUCGUUAGACAAUGAAAAUGAGCGUAGUUUCAGCGACGCAGAGGAAGCUAUCACGGCAACAGAAAAUGUGUUCAAUGUGCCAGGAUCUAGUUCCACGCCACCAACACCAAUUAGUCGAGUGAAGUCGAAAAAAUCGGACGAAGAUGAAACGAACGUGGAAUAUAGUAUCCGUGAGGAUGGUGCUGAGUCGUCGCAAAACGCAUUAGUCAAAAAAUUAUCAUUAGAUUUUAACGAGCAAAAAGCAACAGCAGAAUGUUCCGAAUUCUCUAAGACACCGAAUAUCACGAAAAAUAUUUCAGCGAGUAGCAUCGACGAAGAAGUAAUCGUUCAAGAUAAACAAAAAGUAUUCUCUACAUCUUCCAUAAAUACGCGAUGCAGUAAUAGCGAAGGAAAAACCGCCAGAUCUAAAAGUAAGUACGUUACAGAAACAAUAAUUGGGCAGCAAAGUUGUAAAAAUUCGAAAGAAAUAAAUAUAGAAAAUAAUACAGAUACGUCCAUGGAAACGUCCACGAAUUCAACAGGUAAUAAUAGAAGUAAUGAAAAAGUAAAACGGAAAACGUCUACCGACUCAUCCAAAUCUACCAAUAUGGCGGAGAAGGAGGGUUUGAGUAAAGAUUCCGAAGAAGACGUUGAAGAUAAAAUGGAGACACAACAGAAUGAGGAAGUGGUAAAAAAUUCAAGGUUUGUGACAUCGAAAGUGUCAGAAGAGAUAGUGGAGACUGAAGGAAAAGAUAUUGAUACACAGAGGGAAGAAGAAGUAGAAGGAGAAGUAACAAUAUACGACGAAGAUGACAAUGGCACCAGUAUCAGCGAUAUUGUUGCUGCACAAGCACUUCAUGAAUCUCUGAGUAAAUUAGGGAAAGUACCACCUUUGGAUACAGACAUGGAGGACGUUAAGGACACGAGUGUCGAGGAUGAGACCAAAACAACGAAGGAUUCUCAGAAGGACGUCACGCAGGAAGAAACGGUAGAGGGCUUUAUCGGUCCUUUGCUCGACGAAAAUUUUAAAGCGGAUGAGAAAUUAACGCAAAAAGCUAUGGCCAUGGAGGAAGUGCGAAAUUUGUUAAUGAAAGUGAAAGUUCAGAAUGUAGAAGAUGACGAUGAUGAGGAAAAGGCUAUAGGUAUAUCACCGGACGGUAGGUUCUUGAAAUUUGAAGAGGAAAUCGGUAGAGGCAGCUUUAAGACUGUAUAUAGAGGUUUGGACACUCAAACUGGUGUGGCGGUUGCGUGGUGCGAAUUACAGGAAAAAAAGUUGAACAAGACAGAAAGACUGAGGUUUAGGGAAGAAGCAGAAAUGUUGAAAGGAUUACAACAUCCAAAUAUUGUUAGAUUUUAUGACUAUUGGGAAGUUACACUUACGCGUAGGAAAUACAUUGUACUAGUCACUGAACUUAUGACUUCAGGAACAUUAAAAACAUACCUAAGACGUUUUAAAAAAAUUAAUCCGAAGGUAGUGAAGUCCUGGUGUCGACAAAUUUUGAAGGGUCUUAGCUUUUUACAUUCAAGAUCACCACCAAUUAUUCACCGUGAUCUGAAGUGUGACAAUAUUUUUAUUACCGGUACAACAGGGAGUGUAAAAAUCGGCGAUUUAGGUCUUGCGACUCUGAAAAAUCGAAGUUUCGCAAAGAGUGUGAUUGGCACACCUGAAUUCAUGGCACCGGAAAUGUAUGAGGAGCAUUAUGAUGAGUCUGUUGACGUUUAUGCAUUUGGAAUGUGUAUGCUUGAAAUGGCCACUAGCGAAUAUCCAUACUCUGAAUGUACUGGACCAGCGCAAAUAUAUAAACGCGUAGUAUCGGGUGUAAAGCCGCAGAGCUAUGACAAAGUAGAAAACCCAGAGGUACGGGAAAUCAUAGAAAUGUGUAUACGACUAAAGAAAGAAGAGCGACCGCUAGUCAAGGAUCUUUUAAAUCAUGAAUUUUUCGCGGACGACGUUGGGUUAAAAUUGGAAAUGGUUUCGCGAGAUUCGGCGGUCGCAGACGCGGAACUAUCACGCGUUGAAUUUAGACUUCGAGUAUUAGACCCAAAAAAGCGUACUAACAAGCAUAAAGAGAACGAGGCGAUACAGUUCGACUUUGACAUCCUAGCGGACAACGCGGAAGAGGUGGCCUCAGAGAUGGCUAAGUCUAGCCUCAUACUUGAAGAAGAUGUAAAAGCCGUAGCGAAGAUGUUGAAAUCGCAAAUUACUACUUUGUUACGGGAAAGGGAAGAACGUAAAGUCAAAGAAGAAAAAGAACGUUUAGAUAGAGAAGCGGACACUACUAACACAGCCAAUGAGAAUUUAUUGCAGCAACAGCUACUACUUCAACAGAUGCAACUGCAACAACAGCAACAACAAAUGCAAUCAAAUAUGGGCAUUCAGAUGCAGAGUCAAGUACAAAUGCAGCUGCAACAGAACCAGAUAACUCUACAACCGCAACAACAGUUACAACCCGCUGCACAACCAUCCCAACAACACAACUUACAACCACAACAGGUUCAGUUGGUUCAGCAACAACCACUGAUGCAGCAACAGACACCGGUUGUUCAACCUCAGCAAGCACAACAGAUACAACAAGUUUCUCAAGUGUCGCAACAGCAAGUUCAGUAUCAGCAACAACAGUAUCAGCAGCAAUUGCAACAGCAGUAUCAACAACAGCAACAACAACAACCAUAUUCACAGCAUGUUUCGCAAAAUUUGAACGCUACUUCCUCACAGUGUUCUACACCCCAGACUGUGCAAACUCAACCACAAUUUCCUCAAGUGACUCAACAGAUACAACAGCAACAACAUAUGCAUCAACAACAACAACAACAGUAUAUACAGUUAAAUCAAAUGAACGUACCGCAACAGAUGAGUCAUCAAAUGCAACCGCAGAUACAACCACAAAUACAAAUUUUAUCUCAGCAACAACAUGUACAUCAACAGAUGCAACAGCCUCAACAGAUGCAACAGCCUCAACAGAUGCAACAGCCUCAACAGAUGCAACAGCCUCAACAGAUGCAACAGCUCCAACAAAUGCAACAGCCUCAACAAAUGCAGCAGCCUCAACAGAUGCAGCAGCCUCAACAGAUGCAGCAGCCUCAACAGAUGCAGCAGCCUCAACAGAUGCAGCAGCCUCAACAGAUGCAGCAGCCUCAACAGAUGCAGCAGCCACAACAGAUGCAACAGGCUCAACAGAUGCAGCAGAUGCAGCAGCCUCAACAGAUGCAGCAGCCUCAGCAGAUGCAGCAGUCUCAGCAGAUGCAGCAGCCUCAGCAGAUGCAGCAGCCUCAACAAGUGCAAUAUUCUCAAACACAGGUACAGCAUGUGCAACAAGUACACCAACAUUCAGUCGCUUCUCCGUCAAUUCAAAAUCAACAGUUCUAUCAGCAGAGUACUACAGGAAGUUCGGGGUAUACUACGCAGCCUAUAUAUCAACAGAAUAUAUCUCAACAAAUAUAUCAUUCGUAUACCAAUUCUAAUCCAGCUGGCCAUGUUGAAAUAAUAUCCAGUCAGCCUACUACUCAAAUUUAUCCUCAUACAAGUAUUCCUGGAAGUUCAGCACCUCCAACUUCACAGUCUUACAUACAGCAACAAUCGGGACAGGUUCAAGCUUCUGUACCAUCUAGUAUUAGUAUUCAAAGUUCAUCAUCGGCGACGCACAUACAGAGUGCGACAACAACUACUAUUCCAAACAUGCAGACUGCAUCCUCAAUUAUUCCAAAUGGUGGACAUCAAUCGCAACCUCAACAGAAUCUCUUGGUUCAGAUGCAAUAUCCACAAACUUCUAACGUACCCACUUCCGUACCUAUGUCAUCCGGAAUGAGUGUUCCCGUACAAUCAACAACAACCGCGCAGCAUCAGCAGCAUUUUGUUUCGAACGCAGAUCAAAUCACUACAGACAGAUCUUCUUUACCUAAACAGGACACAAUGGACUCUGUACAAUCCCUACCAGCAGAUUUGCCUUCGAGUGUUCAAGAACAAGUGAAUGCAUCUAAUAUGCCUAAUGUUGCGCCUCAAGCCGCACCACCAAGCGAAGGAAUAACACAAGAAAGUUCUGACAACGUUUCUUCGGAAAGGUGCAGAGUAAAAAGAUCUGGCACGAAGAGAAAAAAACCUGGCAUUAAGUUAACAGUUCUAUCAGUGAGCAGUGGUGAGGGUCAGUCAGUGACCGUUGAAUGUCAGCUAGACACGAGCAAACAAAAAACUGUAACAUUUAAAUUCGAUAGGGAUGAUAUGGUACCUACUGAUAUUGCUAACAAUUUGGUUGCUGAAAAUUUAUUACCUCAAUCGCAGUGCGAAACAUUUGUAGAAUUGAUAGAAGACAUCGUUAAACAAUUGCGUCUGGACCCCACACGUGCUUUGCCUUUGGUAGCGCACGGUCCACCGGACCAGUCAGCUGGUGGUAGCCCGGUUACAAGCCGCCGUCCUAGAGAUCGUGACCACAGUCUUGAUACAGCUAAGCAGGUGAGACAUGGCUCGCUAACUCGUCAAAGCAGCCACCGAUCGUCGUACAAAGUCCAUCGUAGGCACCGUUCGAGAGACGAAACAUCCAACACUUCUACUCCAACGAAAUUAUUGCCGAUUGAUCAGAUUAUAUCUCAUAUCACCGGCGCCACCACCGAGAAACAACAAAGCGUGCAAACGCCUGACAGUCAAGUAGGUCCUGAGAACACAUCAGCUGAAGCAUCCAGACGAUCAUCUACCUCGACACAGAAUACAGACACACUGACACCAACCAAUUUACCAAGUGAUCCAACUGAUACUCAAGAAACAGUAGUCGCUGUGACGAAUACAGAUCCAGGUAUAGAAUCGCAUAAUGCAUCCAAAGAGGAUAAAAUCUAUCAGUGCUCGACAACAUAUACUCAAAGUUCAGUACUCGAUACCAUUGCGAACCAUAUCAGCGAAACAGCGAAAGAAUUUGUCGGGCAAGAGACAGCUGAUCUUCAAGAAAAGGAAGGAAACAAGGAAGCACAAUCAGAUACCGCAGCUGCAGAAGUGGUUACACUAACUGCGCCACCCCCAGUCCGAAAAAUCUCUCGCUUUUUAGUCAGUCCCGUAAUUGAACAGAAGAUUCUUUCAAACGAAGAGGAUGGGUCUGCUGGUGCAGAAAGCGUAGAUAAAGCCAGUAUUUCGGCAUUACAAUCUAAUUUAAUGUCACAGGUUAAUGUAUUCGACGAGGGACAAGUGAAACCUGACGAUUUAGAAGGAAAUAUUUUAGAAGCGCAAACUGCAGCAGUUCUUCCUGAAAAACCUAGCAUCGAAACGAUUAUACAGAAUACUCAGUACGUCGCGGAACAAGUGGAUAACGUUCAAAUAUUGCAAUCAAGUCAACAAACGAUUGGUCUUCAGAAUAUUAUACAGGGACAAGCAAUGCCGCCUAUGUCGCAGAUGCAGCCGACCAUUAACGCUGUGCAAUCUAGUCCGCAUAAUGUAAUUGUACCAGGAUCAGCGAUGACACAUCAGUUGCCUCAACAAAUACAACCUGCCCCUCAGAACAUCAUGGUUACAGCUCAAAAAGAUUUGCAAACUCAAGUUCCCCCUAACAGUGUCAACUUACAAGGACAGUACCAGAAUCAAUCUAUGCCGUGUAAUGUUUUACUGCAACAGCAACAAAUUACUGUGCAACACAGUUUGACACAGAUGAAUAUCCAACCUGAACUUCAGCAUCAAGGACAGAUGCAAGGUCAGCGACCAAUGCAGCAAUUUCACUCGCAGCAAAUCCCACAACAUCAACAAUAUGUGAUACUUUCCGGGCCCAUUCAGCAAUUGCAACCAACAGCGAUUGUGGACGAAAGGAACCGUAGGAUCUCAAAUAUUUCGACAACAUCAAAUAUGUCGACAGACUCACAGAUGUCAGAAGUAGCCAAUCUUACAGAUGAUAAGAAGCAACCCAUGGUUGUACCUAGUUCAUCCAUGCAUCAUGUACAGCACGUUCAACUGAUUCCUCAGCAAGAGGGACAAAACGUUGCAUCUUUGCCACAACCUGUACUGGAUCCAGCACAACAACUCCAAACAGUUCCUCAAAAUAUCGUGAAUGUACCAGUGAGUGCAUCCGUACCCGUUUCAGUGCCUACUCAACAAGUUAUCACUACCGAAGUCGCUCCCAAAGUGACAGUUAAAACGAAGGAGGUAUCAUCGACACUACCAGAUCUGGCCCAAAAUUUAGCAAAUAUACUUUCCAAUCCGAAAUCAAAAUCUGCGACGCCCCAUUGCAUGACCAGUCACGAGCCAAAUCCAGCUACAAAUGUUGCACCCGCCACUGUACUGGACUAUAAGCCUAACCUUCAGUCUGAACAGUAUUUUCAGCCUAUUCAGCCAGAGGCAAGUCAGAUGCAAAUACCGCCACAGGUGCCACAUAAUUAUCAAGCAAACAUAGUGCAGCCAGGAAUAUCGCAAACUUUUCAAAUUACUCAGCAGUCCCAUCAGUCUCAGAUACCUUUGCAUCAACCACUACAAUUAAAUGCAGCCCAACAAAUGGAUCCUAAUUUACAAAUUACACAACAAAAUUUUCAAGGAAUUCAGACUAUAUCGCAAGGGAAAUGGAUUACCACUACAAAUCAGAAUAUUAUACAGCAGACUGUACCAAUGAGACAUUCUCAGCAGAGUCAACCACUGUUGCAACAAACUAUCCCUGUACAGCAACAAAUCAUGCAAGAUGUACAGAGCAUAGAAUGCUUGGCUACAUUGGAACAAUCGCAAUUCCACUUGAAACUUCCAGAACAACAACUUCCAAGCAAAACAACCGAAGUGGAGAAUCAAGAAGCAACAACAUUGACUGGACGUGUUAGUACUGAGUGUCACCUGUUGUCGGAAAAUGAGAGUUCCAGUCAUGAUGUAACUCCUGAGCAUACAAUUGUUGAGUCUGUAGAUUCACCAUUGUUUACACAAAACCAAAUGCUACAACCACAACAGCAGCAGCAGCAACAGCAGCAGCAGCAGCAACAACAACAACAACAACAACAACAACAACAACAACAACAACAACACAGAAAACUGAGUCAGCAAAAUUCUUUAGAUAAAGUAUCAGAGACUGUUAUUGGAGCAAGUGGAUCAAGUGGAACUGGUCCACAAACAAUAGCAGAUCUCCAUCAGAAACUUGUACAGUUAACGAACCAGCCAUCCGAAUCACAUAAUGUAGGAACACCGCCUAUAAGUUAUCCAGCUACUCCUCACAACCAUCAAAUAGUAGGAGGAUACGAUGCGUACAUGCAUUCUUUACAGCAAAAGUUGGUUAACAUUGGUAUGCCAGUUUCAACCACUCAUGGUGUGGGUCCCCUGUCACCACAGGCAACAAUACAAUCGCCCGCUUGCUUAACUGAUUCGAAUGUUACAACAAAUAUUGAGGGUCUGGCUUUAGCACAGGAUACCUCCAUUCAUCAGCUUGCGCUGUCUCAAACUCAUGUAGAUUGCUCCCUUGAUAGUCCAACACCGGGGGGAGGUGCUGCAGGAUCAGAAACCAUGAGCCCCAGCAAAGAAAGUAUAAAGGUUCGAGCCCAAAGACCCGGAUCUCGUCUACAAGAAUUGGAGCAAGAAUUAGCAAAGAUUCAUCAUAGAGGCUCGGUUCUCUCGACAGCUUCUCCGCAACCUAUUACUCCCCCAGUUUCUUCUGUCAAUUCCAUUCAGAUACAACCGCCGUUCUAUUCAUCUCAAAGUUUAUUGACUACUGUUCCACCUGUGACAACUGUGCCGAUUGCUACUGUUACUCCCAGUGUCAUUACAUCACGUUCCGACACGAACACUCCAGUGCUAACGGAAUGCCAGGAAAAUGUUUCCGAGAAGGUUAGCACAGCGCAACCUGUUAGAAAAAUAUCAAGAUUCGUGGUUUCCAAGGUCGCAGGUCCUCCUAGUAAUGCAGUUACACCAAACCAACAACAAUAUGCAGAGGAUCCGAAAGUUUACUAUACGGAGGAUGCACAGGGUACACCAGUACAAAUAAUUCGUAGCCGUGAAAGUUCUAUGCCACCUACGCAACCUAACCAAUCAACCGUUAGUGCUCCUACAGUAGAAUUAACGGAAAAGGAUGAAAGAUUUUGGACAUUGACACCAAGUGAAGAAUAUCAGUUGCUUAUAAAAAAGCAAACUAUGGAACUGGAGACGCUUCAGAGAAGACACAGAGAGGAAUUGGAACGUUUUCAACAACAUCAAUUGCAGCUAUUGAUCCAACAGCAGCAGCAAGCAAGUGCACUUCAUCAGCACCAUCAUCAGCAUCAUCCGGUGCUUUAUCACACCGUCGCAACUAGUCUGGCGGGACAAACUAGACUUCCAAGUACAGAAGACUAUUUAAUGUUUAAUACAACGCCUCAAACUCCAUUGCAAAAAGCUCCAAGUAAUUAUCCAGACACCGACGAAACGUUACGGUUAGCUAUGCAAAAAUUGAAGCAAACUCCUUUGCAACUACAACCGCAACAGGCAACGGCUGGAAUACCGCACGCUUAUGUUAUUCCGAUUCCAGUAGUGCCUUCUGAAACUAUGCAAAACAUGCCCUCUCAGCAGUCUAGUAGUUACACGAGCGAAAUUGCCGAGUCGUUCGAGUCUGCACACAAUUCAAUUAUAAAUUCGGCCCAGUAUCAGUUCACGCCUAUAUUACCGGACGGAACGAAUAUUGCAGUGUCCUCCACUGGAUCGUUAGUCACGCCUAUUCCAAUAUCGAGUACGACGGGAAGCGGGGGUUACAUCCAAUACCACGAAAACCAAGCGUUACCAAAUUUCCAAACGUUUAGCUGUACACCGCACGGCGGUUUCUUUCUGCCAGCUGGUUACAGACUGAUAUAUGCUUCUCAGCCGGCGUCUCAGUCCCAGCCAGCCACACCGGCCACUCCGCACAUAGGGAAUUCUCACGAUGGUACGCCGCCGACGGAACCGUUACACACAAAUACUGAUAAUUCAGCUGCCCCUCCUUCUCACACUGAUCAAUAACGUAAUUUUCAGCAAGCUAUAUUAUCAUCUAUGUUUUCAAUUUAUUCGUUCUCGUAAUACAGUAAUACCCCCAAAAUUGUCAAAGGGUGAAAGAUCUGUUAUUUUGACGAGUAUUUCACAGCUGAUAAUUAAUAGCCAGACCUAAUUAAACAUGUUCCAUAGAGAAAAUAUACUUAAAUUAACACUGAUUUAACACUUUAAAAAUUAACUUCACCAAUGUAG